CCUAGGAGACGCCACCCUCUUUCCCCUCCCCCAGCGGAUCCUUCGCGACAGCCGUCCCUGAGCGCUCGUCCUCACCCGGGUAGCUCCUGCCCCUUUAAGCGCCACCUCCCCCCUCCACCGCCGCCGGUCUCGGGCUGGGGGAGGAGGCGCCGCCGCCCGGCUCCGCCACCUGCGCCGCCGCCGCCGUCCGGCCCGGCCCUGCUUCAGGAAUCUCUCCGACGUCCAAGGCCCUGCAGAUGUCACCAGGAAAGUGGUGAUCCAGGCAGGACAAGGUUGACCCUACAGAACAUAGAAAUGGAAGCGAACGACCAUUUUAACUUUACUGGCCUUCCCCCUGCACCAGCUGCCUCAGGACUGAAACCCUCUCCUUCAUCAGGGGAGGGCCUCUACACUAACGGGUCUCCCAUGAACUUCCCCCAGCAAGGGAAAAGUUUGAAUGGGGAUGUGAAUGUUAAUGGCUUAUCUACUGUAUCUCACACUACUACUUCAGGGAUUUUGAACUCUGCUCCCCACUCCUCCAGCACCUCACACCUCCAGCACCCUAACGUGGCCUACGACUGUCUUUGGAACUACUCACAGUACCCACCUGCCAAUCCCAGCAACAACCUCAAGGACCCACCCCUUCUUUCUCAGUUCCCUGGGGGACAAUACCCACUCAACGGUAUCCUUGGGGGCAGCCGACAACCUUCAUCCCCAAGUCACAACACUAAUCUUCGAGCUGGGAGCCAAGAGUUCUGGGCCAAUGGUACCCAGAGUCCCAUGGGGCUUAACUUCGAUUCACAGGAGCUAUAUGAUUCCUUUCCUGACCAGAAUUUUGAGGUGAUGCCCAAUGGACCUCCAAGUUUUUUCACCUCCCCACAGACUUCUCCAAUGUUGGGAUCUAGUAUCCAGACCUUUGCACCUUCCCAGGAUGUAGGCAAUGGGAUCCAUUCUGAUGAGGCAGCAGAAAAGGAGCUGACUUCAGUUGUGGAGGAAAAUGGCACUGGCUUGGUAGGCAGCCUGGAACUGGAGGAAGAACAGCCAGAAUUAAAGAUGUGUGGCUACAAUGGUUCUGUCUCCUCUGUGGAGUCUUUACACCAAGAAGUCUCAGUCCUGGUUCCCGAUCCCACGGUGAGCUGUUUAGAUGAUCCUUCGCAUCUUCCUGAGCAACUGGAAAACACUCCAAUCCUCAGUGAAGAUUCCUUGGAGCCGUUUGACUCACUGGCACCAGAGCCAGUGAGUGGAGGACUUUAUGGGAUAGAUGACACAGCAUUGAUGGGUGCAGAAGACAAGCUGCCUCUGGAGGACAGCCCUGUGAUCUCUGCUCUCGACUGCCCUUCUCUCAAUAAUGCUGCUGCCUUCAGUCUCCUCGCAGAUGACAGCCAAACGGCAGCCUCUCUCUUUGUCAGCCCCACCUCUCCACCUGUCUUAGGGGAGUCUGUCCUACAAGAUAACAGCUUUGACCUGAAUAAUGGCAGUGACUCUGAACAGGAAGAAAUGGGGCCUGAGUCUUCAGACUUCCCACAUCCCCUGACUGAGCCAGCCCCUGACCAGCCACCUACUGUUGAGCUACAUCCAGCAGCCUCCCCAGCAGCCUCUCCGGCAGCCUCCUCUCUUGUCCCUCCUACGAUCUUCCCAGCAGUGUCUCCAGCUCCUUCCCCUGCCCUCCCAGCAGCCUCUUUGACAGCUCCAGUGACUUCUCCUCAAGCUUGCCGUGCUCCUUCUCCAGCACCCGCCUUCCAGACAGUUUCCCAAGCAAGUGAAGACAGGACCAGCAUUCCAGAAGCUUCUGCUGGUUUAGAGGAGACCACUGGAGAAGCUGUCACAGUUUCUGGUAGUGGUGAUGUACUUAAGAGACGCAUCGCUACCCCAGAAGAAGUUCGUCUUCCCCUCCAACAUGGGUGGCGGAGGGAAGUGCGCAUCAAGAAGGGCUGCCAUCGGUGGCAGGGGGAGACUUGGUAUUAUGGCCCCUGUGGGAAGAGAAUGAAACAGUUUCCGGAAGUUAUCAAGUACCUGAGCCGAAAUGUGGUACACAGUGUCCGCCGUGAGCACUUCAGCUUCAGUCCCCGCAUGCCUGUUGGAGAUUUCUUUGAAGAAAGAGACACACCAGAGGGCUUGCAGUGGGUCCAGUUAUCCGCAGAGGAGAUUCCUUCCAGAAUUCAAGCAAUUACUGGCAAACGAGGCCGACCUCGAAAUAAUGAGAAGGCCAAGAACAAGGAAGUUCCAAAAGUGAAGCGGGGCCGAGGUCGACCACCAAAGGUCAAAAUUCCUGAGCUAUUGAAUAAAACAGACAACCGACUUCCAAAGAAACUGGAAACCCAAGAACCACUGAAUGAGGAGGAUAAAGCAAAGAUGAGUAAAAGCAAAAAGAAGAUGAGGCAGAAGAUACAGCGGGGAGAGAGUCAGACUGCUGUCCAAGGGCAGCCCAAGCAGAGGUGCUUUCAGAGUUUGAGGAGAAAUGACUUCCCUUAUGGUUUACAGGCCAGAAACAAGAGGAAACAAGAUACCAAGAACUUAAGGCAGAAGGACACUAAGAAGAAACUCAAGGCUGAGAAAGAAAAGAUGAAGACAAAGCAGGAAAGACUGAAGGACAAAGUAAAGAGGGAAAAGAAAGAAAAGGUGAAAGUGAAGGUAAAGGAAGAGGUGGCCAAAGCCAAACCAGUCUGUAAAGCAGAGAAGACCCUUGCCACACAGAGGCGUCUGGAGGAACGGCAGAGGCAACAGGUUAUCUUGGAGGAGAUGAAGAAGCCCACGGAGGAUAUGUGUCUGGCUGAUCACCAGCCCCUGCCUGACUUCACGCGCAUCCCUGGUUUGACAUUGUCCAGUAGGGCUUUCUCAGACUGCUUGACCAUCAUGGAGUUCCUGCACAGUUUUGGCAAAGUGUUAGGCUUUGACCUUACCAAAGAUGUCCCUAGUCUGGGAGUCCUGCAGGAAGGUCUCUUGUGUCAAGGGGACAGCCUGGGCAAAGUGCAAGACCUGCUGGUGCGGCUGCUGAAGGCUGCACUCCACGACCCUGGUCUGCCCUCCCACUGUCAGUCCCUAAAGAUCCUGGGGGAGAAGGUGUCUGAGAUUCCACUGACCAGAGACAAUGUGUCUGAGAUACUCCGCUGCUUCCUCAUGGCAUAUAGAGUGGAGCCAGCCUUCUGUGACAGUCUGCGCACCCAGCCUUUUCAGGCCCAGCCACCCCAACAGAAGGCUGCUGUCCUAGCCUUCCUUGUACAUGAGCUCAAUGGCUCCACCAUCAUCAUCAAUGAGAUUGACAAGACGCUGGAGAAUAUGUCUAGCUACAGGAAAAACAAAUGGAUUGUUGAAGGCCGACUCCGGAGACUGAAAACUGCUCUGGCCAAACGAACUGGGCGGCCUGAGGUUAUGAUGGAAUGGCCAGAAGAAGGCCUGGGACGAAGGCGCAGUUCUCGGAUCAUGGAAGAAACCAGUGGCAUAGAAGAGGAGGAAGAGGAGGAAACUAUAGUCCAUGGCCGCAGAGCUCGAAGAGAUGGAGAGAUUGACAUUGCAGCAUCCAGCAUUCCAGAGUUAGAGCGCCAGAUAGAAAAACUCAGUAAGCGUCAGCUCUUCUUUAGAAAAAAGCUGCUUCACUCAUCCCAGAUGCUUCGAGCAGUCUCUUUGGGUCAGGACCGCUACAGACGCCACUACUGGGUAUUGCCCUGUCUGGCUGGUAUCUUUGUAGAAGGAUCAGAGGAGAACAUAGUUACUGAAGAUGGAAUAAAGCAGGAAGCUGAGUACUUGACGGAAGCAGUCACUUCGCCACCCUGUUCUGCCCCAGUCUCUGUAAAGAGAGAGUUAACUGGCUCCAACCCCUCUGCUUCUCCUGCCCGCGCCCGAGGCCGACCUCGAAAGUCUAAGCCUGGGUCUAUGCAGCCUAGGCACCCUAAGUCCGCUAUUGGAGAACAUGAUUCAGAACAAUCCCAGGAUCAAGUUCAGCCAGAAUCUCAGCCCCAUCCUCAGUCCCAGCCCCCACCAAAUAAUGGGUUCCUAGAGCCAGAAGGCUCCCCUCUGUCUCUGGGUCAGAGCCAGCAUGACCUUAGCCAGUCUGCCUUCCUGUCUUGGCUGAGCCAGACUCAGAGCCACAAUUCCCUAUUGAGCAGCUCAGUCCUCACGCCUGAUAGCAGCCCAGGGAAAUUAGACCCAGGUCCAUCCCAGUCCUUGGAGGAACCUGAGCCUGAGGAGGCAGAAUCCUGCCCUGCUCCUCAAGGACCCUGGUUUAACUUCUCAGCCCAGAUACCCUGUGAUGCUGCCCCUACACCACCCCCUGCACUUUCUGAGGACCAGCCUACUCCCUCCCUCCAUCUGCCUGCCGCCUCUAAGCCAAUGAUUACUUCCGGUGCUGCCAAUCCUUGUUCUCCAGGGCAGUUCUCUUCCACCCACUUGCCUGGAAGGGGCUCUAAGAGGCCAUCAGGAGACUCUGAAGAAAUUCCACAGAGUCCCACAGGACUGGGACAACCAAAACGAAGAGGGAGACCUCCUAGCAAGUUCUUCAAGCAGGUGGAGCAGCGUUACUUAAGCCAGCUGACAGCCCAGCCUAUCCCCCCUGAGAUGUGCUCUGGCUGGUGGUGGAUCCGAGAUCCUGAGACACUGGACGUCAUGCUGAAGGCACUACAUCCCCGAGGCAUCAGGGAGAAGGCGCUACACAAACAUCUUAGCAAGCACAAGGACUUCUUGCAGGAAGUUUGCUUACAGCCCUUAACUGAUCCCAUCUUUGAACCUUGUCAGCUGCCUGCCUUGGAAGAAGGAAUUAUGAGCUGGUCCGCCAAAGAGAAGACUUACGAGACAGACCUGACUGUGCUUCAGUGGGUAGAGGAGCUAGAGCAGCGUGUUGUCCUGUCUGAUCUGCAGAUUCGGGGCUGGACAUGCCCUAGCCCAGAUUCUAUCCGAGAAGACUUGGCCUAUUGUGAGCAUCUCCCUGACUGCCAGGAGGACAUCCCCUGGAGAGGACGGGGCAGGGAAGGGGCAGUACCUCAGCGGCAAAACACCAACCCUCUGGACCUUGCUGUGAUGCGGCUGGCUGCUCUAGAACAGAAUGUAGAGCGGCGUUACUUACGGGAGCCCCUCUGGGCAGCCCAUGAGGUGGUAGUAGAGAAGGCCCUGCUGAGCACACCCAACGGCGCCCCAGAUGGCACCACUACUGAGAUAUCAUAUGAGAUUACCCCUCGUGUUCGUGUCUGGCGGCAGACACUUGAGAGAUGUCGUAGUGCAGCCCAGGUGUGCUUGUGCAUGGGCCAGCUGGAACGCUCCAUCGCAUGGGAGAAGUCUGUCAACAAAGUGACCUGCCUAGUCUGCCGGAAGGGUGACAAUGAUGAGUUCCUCCUGCUUUGUGAUGGAUGUGACCGUGGCUGCCACAUUUAUUGUCAUCGGCCCAAGAUGGAGGCUGUCCCAGAAGGAGACUGGUUCUGUACUGUCUGUUUGGCACAGCAGGUACAGGAAGAAUUCUCUCAGAGGCCUGGUUUUCCAAAACGAGGCCAGAAGCGGAAAAGUAGUUUCCCACUGAACAUACCGGAGGGUGACAGUCGCCGACGCCGAAUGCUAUCGAGAAGCCGAGAAAGCCCAGCAAUGUCUCGGUGCCCAGAAGAUGGACUGUCUCCCUCCAAGAGACGGAGGCUUUCGAUGAGAAGCCACCACAGUGAUCUCACAUUUUGCGAGAUCAUCCUGAUGGAGAUGGAGUCCCAUGACGCAGCCUGGCCUUUCCUGGAGCCUGUGAACCCUCGGUUGGUGAGUGGGUACCGGCGCAUCAUCAAGAACCCUAUGGAUUUUUCCACCAUGCGAGAACGGCUGCUCCGAGGAGGGUAUACUAGUUCAGAGGAGUUUGCAGCUGAUGCCCUUCUGGUUUUUGACAACUGCCAGACCUUCAACGAGGAUGACUCUGAAGUGGGCAAGGCUGGGCACAUCAUGCGCCGCUUCUUCGAGAGCCGCUGGGAGGAAUUUUAUCAGGGAAAACAGGCCAAUCUGUGAGGCAAGGAAGGUGGGGGCCACCUUCUGGUGUGUUUUCCAACCUUCCUAACAAGAACCUGCCAUUCUCACCUGCUGACGGCUGCCCUGGGUGGACUCAUCAGACAGUGCUGAUGUUUGCCUCUGCCCUUGGCAGCACCACAUCCUCUUGUCCCUAAUCUCCUUUUAUCCCUUCCUCCUAUUGCUCCUCAAAUAAGAGAUGUAGAGAUGAGGUCCUUUUGGACAGAAAGCCAAAAAAGCAAAAGAAUUUUUCCUGGUUUUUUUCCUUGAUUAAAAUGGAGAGGGGUAAAGAAGUCCCUUCCUCUUCCCGGCUUCCUCCCCUCCCUGUACACGCCCCAGCAUCCUGGGGCUAUUUAACAAUAGCAAUAGUUCUAGUGAAUGUGUGAAACCGAGAAACACUCUGUACUGUGUGCGGACCCGCAGUGACGGCCAGUAAAGUGGACUUAACUCCCAAGUGUGUCGAGCCGGACACCGGGCCCUGAACAUGCUGCUUCCAUGUUCAGUUCCUUCCCUGCUUCUUGCUCUCUCUCACAUUUUCUCUUCUUCCCCUUCUCCUUGUUUUUACAAUUUUUGUCCCACCCAAUAAUGUAAAACUAUCGUGUACGGGUUCUUCUUUUCCCCUUUCCCCUUACGUAGAAAACAAAGUUCAGAGCUCCCUGUCUCUGUGCUCAUCUUCCUGCCAAUAAGUAACCCUCUAAAAUGUUGGAUCCUCCUCAUGUGCUGAGUUUCUAGCCUUUUCUGAAACUCUGUGACUGGGGAGAGGGCAGGCGGGCAGGUGGGUGCCCUGGGCCUUCCAGCCUCCUUCCCCGCUUCCCAAACCUCCCUCUUGGGAACUCCUCAGGGACAACUACUGCUGAGUCUGAGUGCUGCUCCGAGAUGGAGGCCCUCAGAGAGAGGGGGAGAGGUGUGUGUGUGUGUGUGUGUGUGUGUAUAUGUGUGUGUGUGUGUGUGUGUUGCGUGCCUGCCCUUGCACACAGAUGCUGAGCUGUGAUUGUGAUCCUGUUUUUGUGUAAUGGGACCCAUUUGUGUUUCCUCGACUAUGUUUUAUUUUCCCACCUUUGCCGUUCCAUACCAUCACUUUUUGUCUUUGGGAAAACACAGGAACUAUUUCUCUGGGGACAAGGCUGUCCUCGUGGUUAUUUCUGUUCCAGCCUCUUCAAACUGUGCAAUCUUUAGCAGGAACUCCCUCUCCUCUCAGUAGCUUUGAGUCUUGAGAGUUUCUGGGAGAGGGGUAGAACUGGAUCUUUCCUAAACCAUGAGUAUCUGGGUUUAGUUGUGUUUUCCUUCCUUGCAUCUACUUCAUAUCCCCAGCAGCGGCUCCUGGAGCACAGGAUGGGUAGAGAGGAGAGAUUCUGGUUCUGCCACUGCCCUGUGUAUGACUAAGCCCAGGUUAAGCCCCCAACACUUGAGAGGAAAGCUGCUAACUCCAAGCUAUAGCCAUGGGCCUCUGGCCCCCUGCUUUCCUGCUCAGCAGAGCCCCUCCCAUCAGAAAUUACGGGUACUUGCACUGGGGAGGUGGCUGCUGGCUGGCCUAAGCAGAGAGCUGAGGCAUCCAAGCAAUGUUCCAUUGGUGGGGGCGGGGUGCCAGGUGAGGUGGAGUGUUUCUUGUACUCCAGCAGUACUGGGGGUGGGGUAGUGCAGGUUCCUGGGCAGCCCUUACUCCUUUUCACCCUGCCCUCACUCCACUCCCUAUUGCCUAUUUCUAAAGUCGCCUUUUCUGUCGAAAAACCUCAAAACUUAACUUUAUUUGAGAUUUUUUUUUUUGCUUUUAAAUAAGAGGUGGAUUGAAGAAUAUUUGAAUUGACUUUAUAUUAUGCAUAAAUAUUUAUAUUUUAUCUAAAUAACUGCGCCGUAACAAACUUUGUGUCAGUCAGAUGUUUGGAACUGUUAUAAUUGGGGAUAACUCCCCCCAUAGCAAGUUUCCUUUGGCAUAAAAUGUACUGGAGUCUUUCAUUGUUGGAGGUGGAAGGGAGAGUGUGGCCUUCGUUGUCCACUCUGUGCUCCUCUCCAGUUCCAGCUCUUUCCUAGGGACCAGGCACUCGUAAGGCGGGGUGGAGGUCCUAGACUUGAUCUGAAGAAGUGGGAUAGGGCAUGAUCAAAGGGGCCAUUCCUCACUUUCCUCGUCUUCACUGCCCCUGGAGCUAGGUGGAUCUUCUCUAUUGACAGAGUAUUUGGUAGGGAAAGCAGGUUAAAAAUAAAACAACCCACCCCUGCCCUUUGUGUCCCCUCCCCUAUCUGGUAACAGCAAGAAACCAUCAACACCAACAAGUUUCCAUGUUCCUUUUACAACAAAAGGGACUGACUUUUUAUAUAACCAAAUGUGGUGUUUUAGUGACUUUUUGAUAAUGUACAGUUUUUUGUGAAUUUAAAUUUAUUUCUUUCUAUAUUUUUAGGACCAAUCUCAUUUUUAAUAAGGUUUAAAAAAGGAAAAAGUGUAGAGAAAAAAAAAACCUCGUUUUUGCCAUGUGAUGUUCCACAGGUGCGGCUGUAGAAAAGUGCUUGUCAUUGAAUAAAACCACAUUUGAUAGAGA